AUGAAGGGUAUCGUAUUCCUAUUUUUGGUGCUGGCUUGUCUCGCUUGUCUUGUCGUUUUCAUUGAAGCAAAUCCGAGAGUCAAGCGCUGGCACAGCCACAGCCACUCUCAUUCUCACUCACACGAGUGGCAUCACCAUCAUCAUCAUCAUCACGGCGGAUGGGGAGGCUAUCAGCCAUACUAUCAACAACAAUAUUAUCCUCAGCAACAAUAUUACUAUCAACAACAACGUCCAUGGGGAUGGGGAAAA